GCCAGCGCGGUCCAGCAGAGAGCUGGAGAGGUGCGGUGCGGCGCGCCGAGUUGAAUUUUCUUGAUGCAAGAGAAAUCAGAGCAGUGUGGAUAUUUACCAAAACUCACUGAAGCGGACCCCUGUGGCAUUGUUGGACAGUUCUACCAUCCAGAUCACAAAGGGUUUGUGGGAUGACAGACUGGUUAACAGAAAACCCCCAAAGCCGGGGCCGCAGGAUUUAGCUGCUCUUUGUUUCCUUCCUGGCAACCUGGGACCUGCCUCCUAGGAACAGCGGGCACCAUGGACUCCCUAGGGUACAAUUGCUUUGUGGAUAAGGACAAGAUGGAUGCAUCCAUCCAGGACCUGGGGCCAAAGGAGCUGAACUGUACCGAGCUACAGGAGCUGAAGCAGCUGGCAAGGCAGGGUUACUGGGCUCAGAGCCACACCCUGCGGGGGAAAGUGUACCAGCGCCUGAUCCGGGACAUCCCCUGCCGCACAGUCACACCUGAUGCCAGCGUUUACAGUGAUAUUGUAGGGAAGAUCGUGGGCAAGCACAGCAGCAGUAGCCUGCCCUUGCCCGAGUUUGUAGACAACACUCAGGUGCCCACCUACUGCCUGAACACACGGGGUGAAGGGGCCGUGCGCAAGAUCCUCCUGUGUAUCGCCAACCAGUUCCCCGAUAUCUCCUUCUGCCCUGCCCUGCCUGCAGUGGUGGCCUUGCUUCUGCACUACAGCAUUGACGAAGCUGAGUGUUUUGAAAAGGCCUGCCGCAUCUUAUCCUGCAAUGACCCCAGCAAGAAGCUCAUUGACCAGAGCUUCCUGGCCUUUGAGUCUUCCUGUAUGACAUUUGGGGACCUGGUGAACAAGUACUGCCAGGCAGCUCACAAACUGAUGGUGGCCGUGUCAGAGGAUGUCCUGCAGGUCUACUCUGACUGGCAGCGAUGGCUCUUUGGGGAGCUGCCCCUUAACUACUUUGCCCGUGUUUUUGAUGUCUUCCUUGUAGAAGGCUACAAAGUAUUGUACCGAGUUGCUCUGGCCAUCCUCAAGUUCUUCCACAAGGUGAGAGCAGGACAGCCCCUGGAAUCAGACAAUGUAAAGCAAGACAUCCGGAUGUUUGUCAAGGACAUUGCCAAGACAGUGUCCCCUGAGAAACUACUAGAGAAGGCCUUUGCCAUCCGCCUGUUUUCCCGCAAGGAGAUCCAGCUCUUGCAAAUGGCCAAUGAGAAAGCACUGAGGCAGAAGGGUAUUACUGUCAAACAAAAGAGUGUCUCACUUUCUAAAAGGCAGUUUGUACACUUGGCUGUCCAUGCAGAGAACUUCCGCUCAGAGAUUGUCAGUGUGAAGGAGAUGAGAGACAUUUGGUCCUGGAUCCCUGAGCGCUUUGCCCUCUGCCAACCCCUCUUGCUCUUCUCGUCACUGCAGCAUGGGUACAGCCUAACCAGGUUCUAUUUCCAGUGUGAAGGACAUGAGCCCACUCUCCUGCUCAUCAAGACAACUCAGAAGGAGGUUUGUGGGGCUUACCUGUCAACAGACUGGAGCGAGAGGAAUAAGUUCGGAGGCAAGCUGGGCUUCUUUGGGACUGGAGAAUGCUUUGUUUUUAGGCUGCAGCCGGAGGUGCAGCGCUAUGAGUGGGUGGUCAUCAAACACCCAGAGCUGACCAAGGCAACAUCCUUCAAGUCCUCAGAGGCUGCAGCCAGCCCUUCCCUCAUCAGCCAGAGCUCUUCAGACCCUUCAGAUCGGCUCUCCCCUUUCCUGGCUGCCCGGCACUUCAACCUGCCCUCCAAGACUGAGUCCAUGUUCAUGGCUGGGGGCAAUGACUGCCUCAUCAUUGGGGGAGGAGGUGGCCAAGCACUCUACGUUGACGGGGAUCUGAACCGAGGGCGCACUGGACACUGCGACACUUUCAACAACCAGCCCCUCUGCUCGGAGAACUUCCUCAUCGCUGCUGUGGAGGCCUGGGGCUUCCAAGACCCUGACACCCAGUGACAGGCCCGCGCUGAUGGUGACUGAGCCACAUUGUGGGGUGAUGGGGCAGAGGCCCGGCUGCCUCUUCAGGGAGCAGGGAGUGAGUGAGACAGCAGCCCCAGGAAGUGGGAAGGUUUGCUGUGCAGUGGGGAUGUCACGGUCCCUCAAGCCAGGCCUGGCCCUGGCUUGGAUCAGUUGCCCUCUACACUGGACUUAGGUUAGAAUCCCCGAUCCCUCCUGCUUCUGAGCUCAAGGGCUGUUGGCCCUCAGCCCUGUCUAACAUCUGUGUAAGAGACACCCACUGCCCUCUCCCAGGGCCCUGGCUCUGCCAAAUAUCCUAUACCCACAAUUGCCAAGGCUACAUUUCCCUUGCCCCUGAGCCUCAUAAGGGAAGGGCAAAGGAAUCUUCUUGCCAAAUGUGGGCCUGUGGUGCCCCCUGCUGGUGCUUUGACCUGCAGCUCCUCAGAACUCUGACCCUCUGAGGUUCCCCUGGGCUACAUCUACUGCUGCUAUAGAAUAGGAGUGGGAGGGCGGGAUUGAGUUCUGCAGCUCCCCCUGUGCUAGACAGGAUGAGGGCUGGAGAACUGUCUUGUCUUUGUGUUUCCGCAGAGCCUGAAGCUCUUGCUGCGCCUCACUGCGAGUCCACACCUGAAGGUGGCCUCCGGAGAGACUUUCUUUGACCAACUUGACCAGUCAGUUCCAUUUCCAGGGUUCUUCUCAGAGCUGACUAGACUCAGUGAGGCCUUUGCCUCUCGUCCCUGUGGCCUCCUUGAAGUUCUGUAGUCUUGGUGACUUUUGUUCUUCCUUUCCCUUGUCACAGUGACCGAAGCCCACCUCGCAUGGCAUGCUUGUCCUUGUCCAGCUUUCUGAAUUCUCCCCAGGCCCUGUGCUUCCCUGGACCUGCUCACACAGCAUCUGAAUCACCUGUGUGACCUGAUCCCUCAGUUCUCACUAUAGCUAACCAUGUACCAUAUCUUCUGUGAGCUAUCCCUGUUCCCACUGUGGCCUUCAGGUCUGGAUGUCUGUGCUUCCUGAGCCCUGUACCAGCCUGGCACACAGUAGAUGCCAAGAGAGGCACUGUCUCUGAGGACUAUAGCAAGCUCCAUUUCCCCAUGACCUCCCUCACACCCUGUGACCUCCCUCAGCUGGUCCUGAGGGUCCAGGCACCACAGAGGAAGAGAGAAGAAACAGUGGCCCAAAUGGCUGUGCUGGGGCCGUACAAGUCUGGAUCAUAAGGACAGGCGCCUAGUUCCCACAUGACUGCCGGCGUGCCUGAGAGUCAGCAUGUGUCAGGCCAGUGCUCGUCUCCAGAGACUCACUUCUGCCGGGGAAGGUUCAUCCUUUCCUGUUCCAUCCACCCACAUCAGCUCUUGGCAGGGCCACAGCAGCAGAGGAGGCGGGGCGGGAAGGAGCUUCAUGUAACCUGGGCUACCUGGUCAACACACCUAGAACUUUGGACUCUGCACAGUGGACCUGUACCCACACCACGCUGGCUUCCAGGAUGGUUGGCGUGACUCUAGAGAGGGAAGAGGAACAGCUGCUGCUCACCUUCACAGAAGGUUGUAAGCCUUGACGCCCAUUUUCCUUGAGCCCACUGCCCAGACCUAUACCGCCAACUCUGGUGUUCAUUUAACACCAUCUUGAUUUUUGGUCAUUGUUGUUUCUGGCAAGAUCUUACUAGGUAGCCUAACUGGCCUGGAACUCCCUAAGUGGCCCAGGCUAGUCUGGAAAUUGCUAUACAGCCUAGGUUGGCCUCCAAAAUCAUGGUCUCUCUCUAAGCCUCCCAGCUCAGUAGUUUGCUGUUGCACUGACUCUGGGUUCUGACUUGGGCUCUGGCCAGAAGGCCCCCAGGAUGUCCCCAGGCUGUGCCGUCAUGCUGUUCACCCAUGCAUUACCACUGAGAUUCAGAAGCCUUUCAGAAGCAAUGAAGUUAACAUGGAGUAUGUGCAGGGCUCUGCAGGGUUCUUGACUGGUGGUGGAUCUCUUCUGUGUGGCCCCACUGGCAAUCCCAGGGGUCUAGCCCAAGGAGACUGAUCGAUGCUUACUUGUGAUUACAUCAUAAGCAAAGUUCUUAGCUUUUCGCCCACAACAUACUCAGUUCUUUAAAUUUAAUGUCCUUUUUUCCCUGACUUUUCUACAAAAAGGUGUGUAUUGCUUUCUUUAUAUUUUUUAUUCUUAUCACUGUUCUUAUCUGAUACUAAGUGUUCUCACUUAGUAUUUAUUUUAUUAAUGUUUUCUAUUAUUUAUUAGCUUUUGAUGUUAAAAAAAAAAAAACAAGCCAAAAUGUGAUGGCAUUGUAUAAGAAGUUACAUUUUAGCAGCAUUUAAACAUUUGUUUUUAAAACAAAUACUGAAUCUAAUUUAAGCCCAUUCAUUAAACUAAGUUUGUUAAUAUAUACCGGAUGCCUUUGGGGCCUCUGGUAAUCAGUUUAUAUUUUUGGUUUGGUUUAGUUUGUGAAAAGAGUGUCAGUUUCAUGCAGCUCAGGCUAGCCUUGAACUAACUCUAGCUGACACUGUUCUUGAAUUCAUCUUCCUGCUUCCGUCCUCUCCACACUGGGAUUGCAGGUGUGUGCCACCAUGCCUGGUGACAAUCAGCUUACUUUUAAAGUAAUUUAUGAUACAGUACUAGGUGUUCGCAUUUUAAGAAUAUAUGUAUGUAUGUAUGUAUGUAUGUAUGUAUAUAU